AUGAGCCCCCAGGAGAGCUCUGUUCAACCUUCCCAGUUCCUCCUGUUGGUGGGGAUCCCUGUGGCCAGUGCUCUCCUUCUGGCUCAGUGUCUUCGAUGGCACUGUUGUCAGUGGCUGCCAGGGACCUGCCGGAAGCCGGAUGACCCAGAGGAGCCAGUGUCCCCAUCCACUCCAUUACCAGAGUAUGAGCUCCCGAGGCAGUGCCCAGCCCCCACACUACCGGAGGUGGCUGCGUUCUACCAGGAACUCCACAUGCCUACCCAGGGCCAGACUGUCACCCGCCAGAUGAUGCAUAAGCUACUGGUGUUUUCGGCUCGAGAGGUGGAUCACCGUGGCGGAUGCCUGAUCCUGCAGGAUACAGGCAUCUCCCUGCUCAUCCCGCCAGGUGCUGUGACGGUGGGUCGCCAGGAGAGGGUGUCCUUGGUUCUGGUGUGGGACCUGACAGAUGCCCCGUCACUGUCUCACAGACAGGGACUAGUGAGUCCUGUGGUGGCCUGUGGCCCUCACGGGGCCUCUUUCCUGAAGCCUUGCACCCUCACGUUCAAGCACUGCGCCCAACAGCCCAGUCAAGCCUGUGCCUACAGCAGCAAUACCUCCUUGCUGGAUGCCAAGGACUGGAAGCCCCUGGGUCAGCCGGGGACUCAUAUCUCCAGGGACGAGUGUCGUAUCCUGCUCUCUCACUUCAGUCUCUACACCUGCGUUCUGGAGGCCCCCCUGGGCCAGACAGCCCGCAAGUGGCUGCAGCUGGCCAUGUUCUGCUCCCCACUGGCGCCAGGGCAGACACACCUGCAGCUGCGCGUCUACUUCCUGAACAACACUCCCUGCGCCCUGCAGUGGGCUAUCACCAAUGAACAGCCGCACGGGGGACGCAUGCGCGGGCCGUGCCAGCUCUUCGACUUCACUGGGGCCAGAGCAGACCAGUGCCUGAAGCUCAAGUACAUCUCUGAGGGUUGGGAGAAUGUGGAUGACAGCAGUAGCCAACUGGUUCCACAUCUCCACAUCUGGCAUGGAAAGUGCCCCUUCCGUUCUUUCUGCUUCCGGAGAAAGGCAGCCAAUGGGAAUGAAGAGUGCUCGGCAUUAACCAAUGAGAUCAUUGUCACCAUGCACACCUUCCAGGAUGGCUUGGAAACCAAAUACGUUGAAAUCCUCAGAUUCCAGGCAUCGGAGGAAGAGACCUGGGCAGUGCCCCCUCCUGUCUCCCAGCCACCCCUGUGCAACAGGCUGCCCCCAGAACUCUUUGAGCAGCUGCAGAUGUUGUUGGAGCCCAACAGUGUUACUGGGAAUGACUGGCGCAGACUGGCCUCCCACCUGGGUCUCUGUGGCAUGAAAAUCCGGUUCUUGUCCUGCCAGCGCAGUCCUGCCGCGGCCAUUCUGGAAUUGUUCGAGGAACAGAAUGGCAGUUUGCAGGAGCUGCACUAUCUCAUGACCUCCAUGGAGCGGCUGGACUGCGCCUCUGCCAUCCAGAACUACCUGAACCGGACUCCUGGGGGCAGCCCUGACAGGUUGCAUGGAGGCACCUGGGAGAACCAUGGCCUAGAGCUGGAUGAGAAACUCUAAGCAGACUCCGCGGCUGUGCAGGAUGCUUCAAGAGGCCAUGCCAUACCGUGCCAUGCCUUUGAGCUCAGGAUCAAUGCCACAGUCUCGGGUGGACCGAACUGGAACCCCUAGCAAAGCCCGACAGCCCUGUCAUCUGCCCUGCAUCAGGAUAGCUCUUAAUCCUGCCGGCCAACUUUGUCCUGCGUGCAGAUUCCCUCUUGGUCGGUAGGGGGCGCGGGAGUCUGGGAGAUGGUCACAGCCAAGCAGCUUUUGAUAUGCUGCUUAAUUUUCUUGUGGACCUGCGGGCAUACCUCAGAGACUGCUCAGUCCACAAAUAUUCAUGGAGCGCCGAGUCUCAGCACCAAGCUGGGAUCCUGAGGAACGUCGGCUUCUUUGGACUUGCCUUGGAGUCUGUUCUGCGAAAUGGAGAUGCACUCCCAGCCAGCUGAGAGCAACAUUCUAGACAGUGUCUCCCCGUGGUUAGGAGAUGUCUUGGGUGUGUAACUUUGUUGAGAAGGGAGGGCGCUGAGGUGGGCUGGAACAAAGAGAAGUCUCUAUAGAG